AUGAAUCGGGCUUUCUACCUGGGUCUUGUUGCUGUUAUGGCCGUUGCGAACGCGAUAGAGUUUGUCGCCGCUGAAUAUGCUGCACUAAUCGACGCAGACGAUCUUACAGAUUCCGAGCGUAUUGCCGAUGCUCGUCAUCUCAGGGGAAUCCAGAAGACGGAUGAUGAGGAAAGAGUGGGUGUUCCGGCGGCUGCUUGGUAUGCCACACACGUU